GACAGGCAAAGUAUCGACAGAGCAGGACGCCAUCAUCACCAGACAUAGCACCUUCAGCCAAAGAAAAGGGGAAAAUAAUGCGGGUUUUCAUUAUCAUAUUGCAAUUCGCCCUCUACACUGACGCAGAGAAGGAUGUAUUUGUCUAUCCGACUAUUUUGCAAGAGAGAUCAACCGAAAGAAACUUAGUUCUGCGACUGAAUGACAAGUUCACAUUGAAUCUUCAAAGAAGCUCCGUACUUGCAGACAAACUUCUCUUUGUUACUACCAGUGAUGAAGUCAACCAUCUAGAGGAAAUAGACACAUCGGCUAUACAGAAAACUUUGUAUCACGACACACACUACCAGUCCUCCGUUCGUGUUCAGCAGCGAGAUGACGCAGUACAAGUUGAAGGCAUAAUAAACGACAAACUGAGGAUCAAGCCUGUAUUAGAAGGCGAGAGGUCAAUGAAAGGCCAGAUUCUGCACAAAAUAUACGAAGUGAAUAAUAUGGACGAGGGCUCCUUUAUAGCGGAAGAAAAGCCUCGCAAAUCUCACAUUGAAGCCAAUGUUGAUCAGAACCCUAGCGCCGAGCCCAAAGGCAUCAACAGCCGGAGAGUAGAAGAGAGACGCAACAGAGAAGAAUUUGAAGUUGAGCUUCACAUUAUCUGUGACAGGAAGCACCAAAGUAACUUUGACAAAAACGAGGAUUUAAUAGGCUACAUGGCAGUCUUCAUGAAUGCGGCAAACUUACGCUACCUUGACAUCAGGAAUCCAAAAGUGCGAUUUCUUCUCGUCGGCAUAACAAGGAGAAAGGAAAACCCUUUCGCUCCAGACAAUCACGGUACAACUGACACAACCGAAACGCUUAACCGGUUGCAAGCUUAUGAAGCUGAAAAAAGGGUACCAGGCAAGCAUGAUGCCCUGCUUCUUGUGACCGGCCUGGAUCUUGUAAAGGUGCAAAACGGACGGCUGGAAAGAGGCAUUGCUGGACGAGCAUUUAUGGCCGCUGUCUGCAGUUCACAUGGAGUAGGCGUGGCGGAAGACACGGCCACCACCUACAUGGGAGUCAACACCGUGGCCCAUGAACUAGCGCACAUAUUGGGCUCAGAUCACGACACAUCCCCAAGGUGUCCCUGGAGGGAGGGAUACCUGAUGAGUUACGUGGAUGGAGGACUGAGAAAAUACCGGCUGUCCCAGUGUAGCCAAGACAGCAUACGAGAUGUUUAUCGGGGUCUUAAUUCCCAGUGUAAAAGAGUUCUAACCAAGGUGAAUUACAUGGAUAAACACCGAGAAUUUCCCGGUGAAACGGUGGGAGUGAAGUAUUACUGCAGAAAGAGAAUUUUUCACUACACGAAGGGCAAGAAAGUGAAGGCAUUCGCCUUGAAGGGAACUCAAGAUGCCCAAAAUUGUAAAAUGCAAUGCUGCUAUUGGCAAGGUAACAUGAGAACUUGCUGGCCAACUCCAAUGUUGGAACGCAUGACUUGUCUGAAAGGCAAAACUUGCAAGAGAGGAGUCUGCGGAGUACACGAAUGGUGAAAUCGCAGUAUAAUCGCAAAAUGGUGAAGUCGCAAUAGAAGUGAAGUGUGCAAUAAAACAUGUACCCCAGGUUA